AGUGGAUGAGGUAAAACUCGGCGGACCAGUUCAUUAUAGAUGGAUGUAUCCCAUUGAAAGGUAUUUAGCCUUUUUGAAAUCUCAUGUAAGCAAUAAAGCACAACCUGAAGGAUCUAUAGCAGAAGGGUACCUUUUAUGGGAGAAAAUUACAUUUUGCUCAAGAUAUUUAGAAAGUGUUGAGAUGAUAUUUAGCAAACCGAAAAGGAAUGAGGAUGGUGUUCCAAACAUUUAUACUUAUUUAUACAAUUCUGGCGGUCGUGUACUUGGAAAGAAAGAUAAUGUUCGUCUUGAUGACAAAAGUUUAAUGCAAGCGCAUCGCUAUGUUUCGCUUCAUUCAGAUGAGAUGAAACUAGUGCUUGAGUAAGUAGUACUAUAAGCAAUU